AGCUCAUCUAACCAAUCGGGUGUUGAUACAAAAAGUUACUGUAGCCCAGGCUAAUGCAUUGCGAUGCUGUGGAGCUAAUGUUAGGUAUCUGGCUAGCACAAUGUCACCUAACCUUUGACAACAGCCAACUAAAGCGGAGCGGAAACUGUUCGUUAUGAAUUCCUAUCGAGUAGAUUACGUUAGGUUAUCACCUAAAUGUGUCGUUAUCUCUGUACUUAUUGCGUUUUUCACGCAGACGGUCGGCGGUUUCAGCCCGAACCUUGAUAGUGAGUUUACAUUUCUACUGCCAGCAGGAAGAACAGAAUGCUUCUUCCAAACGGCGUCGAAAAAUGGCUCUAUGGAAGUUGAAUACCAGAUCAUCGCAGGUGCAGGCAUGGAUGUGGACUUCACCAUCCUCUCUCCUCAUGGCUAUCAGCUGAUCUCAGAGUUCCGUCGCUCCGACGGCGUCCACACUGUUGAGCCCACUGAGGAAGGCGACUACCAGAUCUGCUUUGACAACAGCUUCAGCCGCUUCUCGGAGAAGAUGGUCUUCUUCGAGGUCAUCCUGGAGGGGCCGGCGUCCGAGGAGGGCGGGGACGACGAGUGGGCGGGCCUGGGAGAGCCUGAGAGCCUAUUAGAGUACAAGCUAGAGGAUAUCAGGGAGUCCAUGGACUCGGUGCACCGGCGCCUGGAGCGCAGUCGUCAGAUGCAGACGGCGCUGCGUACGCACGAGGCGCGUGACCGCUACCUGCUGGAGGACAACCUGUGGCGCGUGUCCUUCUGGUCCUGCGUCAGCCUGCUGGUCCUGCUCACCGUCGCCUUCACGCAGGUCUACACCGUCCGCCGCCUCUUCGACGACAAGAGGAGGGUGUGCACGUAGAGGCAGCGGAGCGUGGUGUGUGUGUGUUGUGGAGGUGGGGGGGUGCGGUCUGUGAGCAGGGUGAUUUGAAGACUCUCCCAGUUUGAUUACUUUGCUGUCAGUUAGAUCAUCCUAAUUGGAUGCAAGCGAAGCAGUUUGUUGCAUUUCUGUUUCUAUUUUUUUUUUUCAAUGUCUUUGUCUCAGUGUACAGAGAGCAUUCAGUACUAUGUAAUAGUCUGACGCUCACAUGCAGUUAGUACAAGCCAGCAGUCUUUUUAUUCUCCCUCACUUGUUCCCCCACCAUUGAUUAUUUUUUCUCUCUCUCUCUCUCUUUCUCUUUCUUUCUCUUUCUUUCUCUCUCUCUCUCUCACUCUCACUUUCUUUGUGUGCCCCCCAAUAUAAUAAACCUAGCCAGUUUUGUUACCUGCUUAUUUGAGCUCUGGUGAGAGAAGAACCAAUCAGCUGCCUUCUCUCAACCACCUCAACCAAUCACAGAGGAUGGACAGACAGACAUAGAGAGAGAAAGAGUGGAGAGAAUGAGGAUCAGUGUGAGCGAUGAAGACAAAAAGAGGUGAGGAGUUUCUAACAGAAAGAAAGAGAGAGAGAGAGGAAGGGAAGAAGAGAGAGACAGUUACUGAAGUGUGAAUAGAUCUCUGUUUGCCUACAAAAAUCCGGAUCUCUCUAUAUGGGCAAAGAUGGUACCAGGAUCUCCUUAUAUGGGCAAAGAUGGCAGCUUUGGGUCUUUUUUUUUUGUAGGUGAACUUCAGAGGUGUAUAUGGAGUGCUAAAAUGAAUUAUUGCAGUGCCUUUUUAGUGUCUACUUGAUUUGCUUCAUUAAGUAGCAAGGCCAUGAUUGCGUCAUGAUCAUUGGCCUGAGUGACUCAGCUUAAUAACAGUGGUCCUCCCAUUGGCCUGAGUGACUCAGCUUAAUGUCAGUGGUACUUUGCAUUCGGCAUUUUCCUGUUCACCACAGGUACUUUACAAUUCAACAAGAAGUGUGUGUGUGUAUUCGGGAAGGGUCAGAGGUUGAGUGGGGAUUCUCUUAACUACAUCAUGUGCCACGUACUCAAACUUUGACUUGAUUGAUCACAUGGAGAAGAGAGCAGUGGUGGCGUUUACAUAAAUUCAAGUUUAAAGCUGUGUGUGUGUGUGUGUGUGUGUGUGUGUUCGCGUGCGUGUUAUGCAUGCACGUGUGUUUUUAUCAUUUUGUUAAUAUUAACAAAAGGGAGAUGCGUUAUGAGAUGUGAAAUAUAUGUAUGCUGUGAUGAAUCAGAUGGAUUUUUUUAAGAGUUUACUUUUUACAAAAAAAAAAAGAAAAUAAAAUUCAAAGUACAAUAUACCCAUGUCAUUCUUAUUUGCCGUUCAACUAGUGCGAGGGUCGCUAGUAGUCAAUUUAAACUCAAUAUGAAUGUUCGAAAAAUUCACUGAUGAGGCUCCAUAUUGACCCUUUCAGUCUGUUUCGGUUGAAACCCUCAAAACCAACGCAGACACUUUGAAAUUAAAAUGAACCGGACUUUAGCGUAAUGCUCUACAAAAUGACGACUUUAAAACUUGUUUUUUGUUUUUGUUGGUCCCCAAGUUACCAUUAACUUAAUGUUAUUUUUCUGUGCUACCGGAAAAACCUUGGUGUCGCACAUGUUUAAAAAGGUCAAUACAUAGCCUAUAUUGUGUGUCUAGUGUGAAUAAGUGUGAGUAUUGUGCUAAUAAUUAUACACUUUCAUUUCUGACAGCAAAGAAAGUGGUACUGAAACUGAUCUGUUCAAGGCAGUUUAUUAGCUUUACUUUGACGUUUAACGUUUAACCAGAUGAGAAAACCGCUCGUCAGUGUGCUUUCUGAUCUGAGAACAGACAAAAGAUGUCUUCAUUUGUUCAACUUAAAUCUGUCGCUGAAACGCCAUCUCCCUUUUCGUCUCAUGAGUCGUACUUCCUGUGUGGUGGUGACGUACGCACUGAAACAGGAAGAGGAGGUGAGCAACGAAGGAAACUCUGACACAGAGCGUGUUUAUAUUAAGGACUGUUGCCUAAUUUGUGCUUAGCGACCAUACUCUAUUUAUGGUGUAGGUCUAACAGUUGUUCUAAAAAUAAUAAUAACAAUAAUCUGCGUGGGCAACCAUAUAAUAUCAAUACUUUGCCAUGAUCUCUAGACCAAUGAUUGAAUAGUUGACCUAAAUGACCUCAGUAGUCAGUACCUUUUUUUAAAACUACUAAAGCAAUUUGGUGUAAGUAUUGCCAUGUAAUCCCACGCAGAGGCAGAGACACCAUGUUAUAUUUUAAGUCAUCGUCAAAAUGAGUUGAAGCCAUUAUUUUACUGAAGACAAAAACAUCUACAUGUUGCUGUUAAGGAUUCACUCACAAUACCCCUAUGAGAUAAUGACAUGAACCACUAAUUUUCAUCAUAUUGCAUCGCCAUAACUCAGCCCUCUUUUACACAAGACUUAUUACCUAAAUUUCUAUCAAUAGGGGAAAAAAACUAUAGUAGCCUAAUUUAUGGUCAUCCUGGGUCAUUCAAGACCCCAAAUCUUCCCCAAAGAUGCCGGCAGGCCCGUCAUAGUUUUGUUAUCUGGUGCCCCCUACAGGCCAUUAGCUGUAAGUGUCAGGCUGAGGCACUUUGUCAUGUCAUACCGGGGGCUGGUUUCACAAAGCUAUUUUAGACUAGUCUAAUUGAGACUGUAAAAAAAUGGUCAGAGUAAAAAAUAGCAUAGCGUUUUGGACUUCCAUUGGGUUGACAUGACAACAAAAUUUAGCACAUUUUUAAGUAUGGUAUGAAAAGAGAAUGAGAUCACUUGAGUCAAUUUUAUAAUCAUGUUUAAUUGAAGAUUGUUUAAACAUUUGUACAUCAUGAUUUCAGACAUUGGAAAAUAAUAAACAAACCCACAACAUUUGUCAAUGAUGAUACAUUUUGAUUAACCACUUGUCAAAAAUGUAAUUGAAUUUAUUUCCUUUUCAUCUUUGACUUAACGGUUUUAUUAAGGGGCAGCCGUGGCCU